AUGGCUUUCUUACAUGACUUUGACUAUAUCUUUGCGAUUGCAAUGAUCUUUGCCUUCCUUGAUGCAUUCAACAUCGGGGCAAACGAUGUUGCUAAUUCAUUUGCGCUGUCGGUUUCGAGUAGAAGUUUGAAAUACUGGCAAGCAGCCAUAUUGGCAUGUAUUAUGGAAUUUUUGGGUGCUUCUUUGGUUGGUUCAAGAGUUAGUGACACCAUCAAAUCUAAAAUCAUCGACGUUACUGUUUUUGAAGCGGACCCAGCCGUUUUGAUGUUGACCAUGGCGUGUGCCUUGGUUGGUUCUUCUAUUUGGUUGACCAUCGCCACUGCUAUUUCCAUGCCGGUUUCCACCACCCAUUCGAUUGUCGGGGCCGUUAUUGGUGCUGGGAUUGCCGCUAAAGGUGCUAACAACAUCCACUGGGGCUGGGAAGGGGUUGGUCAAAUCUUUGCUUCUUGGGUUAUUGCCCCUGCCAUUGCCGGGGCGUUUGCUUCUUUGGUUUUCCUUUUCUCCAAAUACUUCGUUUUAGAAGUUAAAGAGUUCAGAACCUCUUUGAGAAAUGCUCUUUUACUUGUUCCCUUCUUGGUCUUUUCUUGUUUCUGUAUCUUGACCAUGUUGAUUGUUUGGAAAGGGGCUCCUUCGUUAGGUUUAGAUGAAUUACCUCAAUCAACAAUUAUUGGUUCUAUCUUGGGUGUUGGUGCCGUGGCAUUGGUUAUCUUUAUGAUCUUCUUAUACCCUUACUAUAGAAGAAAAUUGGUUCACAAUGAUUGGACUAUUAAAUGGUACCAUAUUCCAAAAGCUCCAAUGUUUUACUUCAUGUCCACCGAUAAUAUUCCUCCAAUGCCUGAAGGUCAUGAAUUAACCAUUGAUUAUUACAAAGGCCGUAGAUACGAAGAUGAACCAUCCACUCAUACAAAUGAUUUAGAAACUAGCCCCGAUUCUUCUGUUCAUGGUGAUAAACAUUCCAUCACUUCUAUUAAAGUCACUGAAAAUCCUUCUAUUCUGGAAAAAGGUGAUAUGACUACUCGUCAAUACUGGUGGCAUUUGAUUAAAUUGGGUCCUAGAUACUGGCCAAAACUUGUUUGGAAAGUUUUAAUCCACGGUAUUGAUCAAGAUAUUAUCUCCAACCAAGUUUUUUCAAAAGAUGCUUUGGCCGGUGAUUUGAAAAAAAUGCAUCAAUCUUCUAAAUACUACGAUAAUAGAAUUGAAUUCUUAUUCUCUAUCUUACAAGCAAUCACUGCUUGUACUAUGAGUUUUGCUCAUGGUUCAAAUGAUAUUUCAAAUGCCGCUGGUCCUUUAAGUACCGUUUACACCAUUUGGACUUCAAAUGAAGUUAGUUCUAAAGCCGAUGUCCCAGUUUGGGUUCUUUGUUACACCGCUGCCGCUUUAUGUAUUGGUUUAUUAACUUUUGGUUAUAGAAUUAUGGCUGCUUUGGGUAACAAACUUAUCUUACAAUCUCCUGCAAGAGGUUUCAGUAUUGAAAUCGGUGCUGCCAUCACCGUGGUUAUUGCUACUCAACACGCUAUCCCAGUUUCAACUACUCAAUGUGCCGUGGGGGCCACCGUGUUCGUUGGUCUUUGUAAUAAAGAUUUAAAAUCAAUUAAUUGGAGAAUGGUUGCUUGGAUUUAUGGGGGUUGGAUUCUUACUUUACCAAUCGCCGGUAUAAUAGCCGGGGUCUUAAACGGGAUCAUCCUUAACGCUCCUCAUUAUGGUGGUAAUUACCAAUUAAGCUAG